AUGACCAACGAUAAGAAGUUCGAUUACGAAGCACUCCCCAUACCCACCUACGACGAAGCCGUUUCCUCCCGCCCAGGUUCCUCCCGCUCUCACCUCGGUCCAGAUGAAGCCAGCGAUGACGCGGAGCGACAGGGCCUGCUGCACGAUGCCGAUGGUAACAGCCACAGCGCAACCGGCAAUGGAAGUCAGCGAUCUCGACCUCAUGGAUACCGUCCGCCCACAGUCGAGUCCGUCCGUAAUAGCCUAGAUGACCUUGCCUCGUCGGACGGGGAUUCCGCUCGAGGUUCGCUUGAGGACCUACAGCGGGAACUUGCUCAGAUGGACGUCGAGGACGCAGGGCAACAAUCGACAUCGCAACGCUCCCGGUUGGGACAACAGUUCUCAAAGCGCUUCAAUACCCUGAGUCGGACGCUCUCUUCGAUUAAACUUCCCUUUCGCCGCUGGCUGCCGAAUUUCCGAUUCACGAUCAAUCUUGGCGAAGUUCGCCCGCACUUCAAGGACCAAGGAUGCAUCGUCCUGCUACGGGUGUUUGGUGUACUCUUGGUGGUCACCAUUGUAUAUGUAUUCUUCUUUUCGAAUAUCUUUGGCUUGAAUUCGCGAUUCACGAUGGGCCAAUCGUACAGUGCUGCCUCGGUGCAGAAUUUCCUCCAGGGCCAUAUCAAUGAAACGAAUAUUGCGGAGAAUUUGCGAAAGGUGACAAAGUUCCCUCAUAUGGCCGGAACGGAGGGCAGCUAUGUGCUAGCGGAAUGGAUCGAGCAGGAGUUCAAGAACGCCGCCCUUGACGAGGUGGAGAUGGAGGAAUUCCAGGUAUAUCUAAAUUAUCCCACCCAAGACGGAAGGAGAGUGGCAAUUGUCGAUCCGCCCGAGCUUGCUUGGGAAGCUGCCCUCGAAGAGAGGAACGAACAGACACCGGUGUUCCACGGUCACUCCAAAUCGGGUAAUGUGACAGGCCAUCUGGUCUACGCGAAUUUCGGCUCCCGGGAGGAUUUUCAAGUUUUGGCCGACAAAGGGAUCGAUUUACAUGGCGCCAUAGUCCUGGUACGAUACUACGGCACCGAGUCCGAUCGAGCGCUCAAAAUCAAGUUGGCGGAGAUGGCCGGUGCAGCUGGGUGUAUCAUCUACUCCGACCCGGGUGAAGAUGGCUUUCGCAAAGGUCCGGCAUUUCCGGACGGACGAUUCAUGCCAGACGAUGGUGUCCAAAGAGGUGCGGUAAGCUUAAUGUCAUGGGUCGUCGGUGAUGUUCUAUCCCCGGGAUUCGCAUCGACUCCCGAAGAAAAGAAACGGCUUUCGGUUGAAGAAAGCCCGGGAUUGCUGGGCAUCCCUAGUAUUCCCAUCGCCUGGCGCGAUGCUCAGAGACUCUUGCAGGUUCUCGAGGGUCAUGGUGCACCAGUCCCCGAAAAAUGGCAUGGUGGCGUUCCAAGGGUGAAGGAAUGGUGGACGGGUGACGGGUCUUCUCCCAAGGUCAAUUUGAUGAAUCUUCAGGAUGAGGUGGAACGACAGCCUAUCUACAACGUAUUCGGCCGCAUCAUUGGGUUGGAACAACCCGAAAAGAAGAUCAUCGUCGGCAAUCACCGCGAUUCGUGGUGCCUAGGAAGUGCAGACCCCGGCAGUGGCACCGCUGUUUUCCUGGAAGUUGUGCGCGUCUUCGGUGAGCUGCGGACCUUUGGCUGGCGUCCUCUGCGUACGAUUGAGUUCGUCAGCUGGGAUGCGGAAGAAUACAACAUGAUCGGGUCUACAGAGCAUGUGGAAAAAAACAUCGAACCCCUCCGGGAUCAUGCGUAUGCUUAUCUGAACGUCGACGUAGGGGUCAGCGGCAACGAAUUCACCGCUUCGGGAUCGCCACUUUUUCAACGGAUUGUGAUGCAGAUUCUCAGUCGUAUCGCGGAUCCCAUCACUAAUGAAACGCUCAAGGAUAUUUGGGAGAAAGCUCAGAAAACAUUCGACUCUCUUGGUUCCGGAAGCGAUUAUGUCGCCUUCCAGGACAUAGCGGGGACCUCGAGCGUGGACUUUGGAUUUACCGGCCAGGCCUUCCCCUACCACAGCUGCUACGAGAACUACGACUGGAUGACCAAGUUUGGCGACCCCGGGUUUCAGUAUCACAAAGCACUGGGCCAAUUCUGGGCUUUGCUCCUCAUCGAUCUGGCGGACAAUCCUAUCCUGCAAUACGAUUUGCAAGCGUAUGCGGACCACAUGCAGACCUAUGUCGCCGACCUCGUGGCUUAUGCAAAGACCCAGAAUGUCCCGGUGGCCCCUCCGCCAUCGGAGGGUCAUGCCAUCCGCGAAACGUCUGUCAGCUUCCAGCCCCUGUUUGAUGCGGCGGCCAAGCUCAAGAGCGACGCGGACGAAUUUGAGAAAUGGGCUCAACUAUGGCGCACCACAGUCUGGGACGCUGGCGGUUUUGAAAACAACGUGAUGGCUAUCCAGCGAUUGCGCCACAAUGCUCGUCUGGGUGGCUUCGAUGCACAGCUUCUGGACCGCGAGCAAGGCGGCGGAAUCCCCAAUCGCACGCAGUUCAAGCACGUCGUCUUCGGCCCUCAGCUCUGGUCCGGCUACGACGCCGCCACCUUCCCCGCCAUCCGCGACACUAUCGACACGGGCAACUGGACCCUGACCCAGGAAUGGAUCGAUCGUGUCUCCCAGAUUAUCCAAGACGCGAGCAGUAGCCUGUUGCGUCAUUAG